AGGAUGAGGCUCUGUCAGCCUGUUGGCUGCAUGUUACACGUCAGCAGUCAACAUGUAUCAUCCUGCUGUCAAAGCUUCUUCCUGGUGUUGAACCACGGCGCUGCGCUCGAGACGAGUGUUUGGAACAUGUCACAGCUUCCCGCCGGGUUGGAGGAAAAGCAGCCGUGAGACUCGCUCGGUUUGACGGGAAACGUCACGGGACUUUUUUUUUUUUUUAAACCGGAGUCGCACGAGGAAACGACAUAUCAAAGCGGGUUUACGAUGCCGACGCGCGCGAGAAGGUGAAUGACAUCAUAUUUGUUGAAUUCCACCGUUUGCUGUUAUUAACUAAUUAAUUAAAAAAAAGUAAAAACAAUGAGGCUCCGGCUGCUCAGGAGGAAUGUGCUCGCGCUGCUGGGAGUUGUUCUUGUUGUUGCCGCCCUCCUGUUCUCCACGCGCGUGUUGCUGCUUUCUGAAGAUGACACGAGAGGACCUGACGUGAUCCAGCGCCCCGAACCUGCUGACGUAAAGUUCAGCUUCGGCUCCACGUCCGAGCUGUCCCAGUCUGUUUACAGGGCCAACUACAAGCAGGUUGUUCUGAACGCAGACACCUUUCCAGGGGAGCCCCAGUUGGUUCUGGUUGUGCAGGUUCACAACAGGCCCGAGUACCUCAAGCUGCUCGUCAGGUCUCUGCAGAGAGCUGCCGAGAUCGAUGGCCUCCUCCUUAUCUUCAGCCACGACUACUUCUCCGAGGAAAUAAAUGCCAUUGUGCAAGGGAUAACUUUCUGCAAGGUUCUGCAGAUUUAUUUCCCCUUCAGCACACAGCUCUAUCCCAAAGAGUUUCCGGGGCAGGAUCCACGAGACUGCCCCCGAGACACGUCCAAGGACGACGCUCGCAGAGCAGGAUGCCUGAACGCCGAACACCCGGACUCGUACGGCCACUACAGGGAGUCGCACAUCACCCAGACAAAACACCACUGGUGGUGGAAGCUGCACUUCGUCUGGGAGCGAGUGCCGGCCCUGCAGGGCUACAGCGGCUUUGCGGUCUUCCUCGAGGAGGAUAAUUACAUUUUACCGGACUUUUUCAGGUUUUAUAAGUUAAUGCGAGAUUUCAGGGAGGACAAAUGCCCAGACUGUGACAUGCUGGCUUUGGGGAACCACAACGAGCUGAAGGAUUUCACCAGCGUGUCCAAUAAGGUGUUUACCACUGGAUGGAUGUCCACCAAACACAACAUCGGUAUGGCCAUCUCCAGGGCGGUGUACUACAAGCUGAUGGGCUGCAGCGACGAGUACUGCACCUACGACGACUACAACUGGGACUGGACGUUGCAGCACCUGUCUGGGACCUGCAUACCGAAGCCCCUCAAGGUGCUCGUAGCCCAGGGCUCCAGGGUUCUGCACACGGGAGACUGUGGUCUUCACCAGAAGGAGAACUGCAGACCGGAGUGGGCCUUAAAAAAGGUCAAGGACAUCCUUCAUACGGCGAGGCUUGGUCUCUUUCCUCAGCGUCUUGUCCUUAGUGGGUCAGAACUCGUCGAGCACAAGGAGCACAUGAAGAACGGAGGAUGGGGAGACAUUCGGGAUCACGCUCUUUGCAAAAACUAUUCCAAACGUCUUUGAACUGGGCCUCCAUCUUGGGCUGAAUGGGUAACUGGUAGUUUAUAAAUGUGCCAUUAAAAAACUUCAGGGUUAUUCAGGCUUUAAGGUUUCAUUGUACAAGGUCGUGGACCAUUGGACCAAGUGAAAUUUAAGAAAUUAUGAGCGGUGGUGGUUUUUAUUUUAUUUUAUUUUAUUUUAUUUUAUUUUUUCUGAACUUCCAUUUUUAAUUCACCAAAGCUGCAACUGGUGCCAAAACCUUUUUAUGGUGAUGAGUUCAAGCUGGUUUAAUCUAAAGGGAUUGAAUAUUUUCCUAAUACUUAAAACACUGGUGUUUGUACAUCAGCUGUUAAAAUAAAUUGCUCAGUCUUAGGAAAAUAUGUAAAAAUUGCAGUAAUAACCAGAUAAACUUGUAUUUUCUGUCAUUGRGAAGCUCCCAACACUUGGUCUAUUUAAUUCUGAAAAAUGUAUAUUUUUGGCAAUUUGUGAGAUAGAGGUGAUUUUUUUUUUUGUGUGAUUUUGCAACAUUGAUCAAUUUUAUAUAUAUUGUGCUGCCAUAAUUUGUACACGUUACAGAUUUUGGAUUACAAAUUAUUUUUGUAUUGGACGUAAAGGGGCUUAAAAAAUCUAAAUUAGCUGUCCGUCUCUUGUGACCUCUCUGGGUUAAUUUUUAACCCCACCCCKUUAAAAGUCAUGACAACUUUCUCAAAUGUGACCUUUUGUUCUGCAAACAUCAGGGUUUUUUGUGAUGCUGCUUUUCUGUAUUUGCACCUUCUGUGUUCACAAAAAAACAAACUUUGAAUGCAACAUUUGAUCACAAACAAUAAACAAAGCUGGGAUUUUAUUUAUGACAAAAAGUAGAUAUAAAUAUUUCCUUUUAUCUCUUUAAUACGACUUCAAGUGCCUUUUUCCUAACCUGUCUGAGAGGUUUUCAGCUGUGCACUGAUAACAAAUAAGUUCUUACAACACAAUCUUCCAGUUGUAAGGAUUUAAUGUUUGAAUCUUGUUUAACAGACACAAUAAUAAAAUGUAUAUUUCUGUGUGAAAGGACUUCCUGAUCUACUGAAACAUCUGUCCUGAUGUUGGUGCACCUCAUAUAUUUUCUUGAAUAUGAAGUGAAUGUAAUCGUAAAAUAAAAUCAAGCUCAAAUUUUUUUUAAAUAUGUAGCAAAGCACAACGUUUAGAAUGUCAUAAAAAUCAAUGCAAAGACAAUCCAUGUCACAAAUGAGAACUGGAGCUGUGAUGUUUAAAUGGUUAUGUGAAUGUGUAUAAUUCCUUAGCUAUUGCCACUGACAUCAACCAUUUCUUUGGGUCUGUUUUUGUUCUAAAUAUCACUUGAAGCAGCUGUUGAUGAUUCAUUGCUUGCCAAAUGGGAAAAUAAAGUCUGUUGAAGUUUCA